AUGCUAGCAGAGGCUUCAAGCAGCUCUACGGCUUCCACAACCCUUUCAGAGCAAAUCUUCGCAAAUGCGGCUAAAGAACUGUAUCCACGACUGGUGCUUUAUGAGGCUCUUGCUCAAUUCAAGGAUGAUUCAGAGCGGCGACACCCAUCUGGUGACGAUGUUGUUGAAGCCCGCAGAAAGUUUUUGGACUCGUUUGCCUAUCUAUGCGAUGUUCAGAAGGGGGGUGCCACCGUGACUGCCGUCGGGUUGCAGAAGCUACCCCAUAGCAACAUUCUUUGGUUAGCAGCAAACGAGGGUAUACGCGAUGAGAUCAAAACUUACGCGAAAGCCAUUCGAUCUCAUCUCAUGCGAGUCGAUUCAAGUACUGAGGAGACUAUUGAAGAUGCCGUCUUUCGACUUGCGGUGAUGAUGUGUGAUUCUCGAAUCUCGACAUACAACGAGGAAGUACGGAACAUCAAGAAGAGAUCGAAGGAUCUAAGGGAUGAUUUUGGAAAACUUGCACACUAUAUUGGACGUCUUGGAGCAACCCGAUCAGCUGCCCACCAUGUUGUCAAAGGGAUGAUCAAAGUUCCAUCUCUUCGCCAGAUAUCUUGUAUCCGCGUGGUCGACGCGCCAGACUCCCUCAUGGUGGCGAUCGACCAGGAAGGCCUGAGCCCAUAUGAGAUUGUGCGCGGGAUCUGCCAGGACUUCGCUUCUCAAAACCCUCUGGACAAUCGGCUGGCGCUGCACAACCUUGUGGAACUUGAUCUUCCUUCUGGAAGCAACAACAUACGUCUGAACAUGAGUUUUCGGAACACGAUUAUCACUAGAGUGCACGCCGAACUACAAAUCGCUGACAAAUUCAGCAGGGAAGGGUUUGUGUUCGUGGACGAUGAUAAGUACAUCGGUUGCAAGUACAGUUUCAACACCACCGCUGGGAUAGAGGCAAUGAAUGAAUGA